AUGACGCAUGAAUCUGGCUCCGGCCGACGGUCGGUUUCGCCCGAGGCCUCUGGACGAGACUCGCCUAUUCCACGACAAUGGCGGAACCAGCUCGGUGGAGAUGAGCUCCCAGCUCAAGACAAGACGUACCGAAAGUACGCCCAUGGUGUCGACAGGGCACUCGUCUUAUUCGAGACGGCCUUGGAAGAGUGGGCAGACUACAUAUCCUUCUUGAACAGGCUCCUCAAGGCCCUUCAAGCUCGCCCCAAGUCGAUAACCACAAUACCAGCCAAGGCAACAGUCGCGAAACGCCUAUCCCAAUGCCUCAACUAUUCUCUGCCGUCAGGAGUCCACCAGAAAGCUCUCGAAGUAUACAACUAUGUCUUCACAGUCAUCGGUACCGAUGGGCUGUCAAGGGACCUCCCGCUCUAUCUCCCUGGCCUGGCAUCGACCUUGUCAUUUGCCUCCCUGGCAGUACGAGCGCCAUACCUGGAUAUUCUAGAACAACACUUCCUCGGAAUAGAUCCCCGCUCCCUGCGGCCGGCGAUGAAAUCUAUCAUUCUGGCCCUGCUGCCAGGCUUGGAAGACGAGACGAGCGAGGACUUCGAAAGAACCUUGCGCAUGGUCGAGAGCUUCAAGCAUACAAUUAGGCCUGCGAAUAGCGAGGAACUGGCUGAGCGUCAUUCUUCCGGCGAUGCCUUCUUCUGGCAGUGCUUCUUCCUCGCAUCCAUCACUAGCCAUAGCCGACGGGCAGGUGCCCUAGCCUACUUGGUAAGAUGCCUACCUCAGCUGGGUCCACCGGCGACAACCAAGAAUAGUAGCGAGGAUGACCGGAGGAACAAGAUCGCAGCCAUCGUGGCAUCCCCUGAACCCGGAUUGCUACUACGAUGUUUCGCAAGCGGUCUCUCUGACGAGCAGUUGCUCAUCCAGCGUGGUUUCUUAGAUCUUCUCGUUUCCCAUCUGCCACUCAAUUCUAAUGUCAUUCGAACCCGAGUGAAACCCGGGGAUCUGGAGCUGCUCCUCAAGGCCGCUGUUGGCGUGGUCACACGACGAGACAUGAGCUUGAAUAGGCGCUUGUGGGCCUGGCUUCUUGGGCCGGAGCCGACCAAUUCGGAGACCGAACCUGGUGCUGAGCCAACGAGUCCCUCUGACACUCACCACCACGCAUACUUGGCAUCCAGAACGAGCUUCUUUGAAGAGUUCGGAUUACAUCCACUGACCAGAGCACUUCUUCAGAUGAUCAAAGGCAGCCAUCAAAGUAGUGCGGGCGAACGAGCACGCCCGUACAGAAUUUGUCUCUCCCUCAUGGACAGGUGGGAGAUUGGCGGGCUUGUCAUUCCAGAGGUCUUCCUACCUAUCAUUGAGAGUGUACGGCAAUUCAAAGCCCAAGCGUCGACAAAAGCAGAGUUUACGGAAGUGUUGCGUAGUGCUAGCGUUUUCUUCGAUGGGAUCGAGAGCGGCCUCAUAUAUGGCGAAAUCGUAUCACUCUUGGCCCAAGCUAUCGGUGCCGGAACUGUCAACGUCAACGAGCAGAGCGACAAGUUUUCACUCAUCAGCUUUGUCCUAGCCAACUUCAAUGUCCGCGAGGAAGAGAUGAUAACUAUCCACGCCCCGCUGUCCUCUCUGGCUGCUCUGUCAAUGUUAGAAGAUUGGACGGAUCGCCAACCAUCAAACCACUCGGGUAAUUCGGCAUCAGUGGCAAGCCAAACCCUAAACAUCGCCAUUUCACUCCUCGAGCUUGUCCCUGAGAGGGCUUUUUUGAAGCAUCCACCUACCAGCAAGCGAGGAGCAGAAUCGGCCUUGACAAUUUCCAAUAUUGAUGUCCUCAAGAAGAUUCGGACUUUUUACGUCAAUGAGCAGGGAAAUAUCGAUGCGUCCCCUCCCCCUUUCAACGCCAUGGAAAUUGGAGAGCUUUUGUUUCAAAAGGUGGUCAAGUUCAUAUGUGGCGACAAGGACUCUUCAAAACCGCUGGCCGACUUGGGCGUCCGCACGCGUCUCCUAAUCCUGGCGCUGCACAAGAUGCCCAAGACGUAUAAGCUCGCCGAACAGCGGAUCCUGAAAUUCUUAGUUGAGAACCUCGAGCAACCGUCGCCAUUGCAGUUUUCGGACUUUUCGGCAAUGUUGAAUAUGGCUACACAACUGUACCACGCCGAGAGAAUCGAAACCAACGAGGUGACAAGCUUGGUUGGCCCUCUGGUUAGACAUGCCUGGUCAUAUCUAUCCGCGUCUGAGCCAAAGUAUCACGUGGAGGCUGUUCGAGGCCUCUGGCAAUUACAAUCCACCCUACCAUACUCCAACCGUGAUAUUGAAGCAGCACUAUCAAGCCUCAUCGUCGCCGAAGACUCAAGCUCAUUGGAAUCUUUCGGUGCUGUCGAUAAAGGGCGCACACUGAGCGUACUCUGGUCCCAUACUCUGCAAGAUGACACAUACGGCGGUGGGCGUCGUGGUUCAAAGACACCGAUACUUGAGCUCAGGUCUCUACCUCGCCUUUCGGGAGCGGACAACUACGAAGUCAUGUUGACUCAGCCACUAUUCCUGAUCUUGGACGCCCUACAAGACGACAGAUCACAACUCUACAUGACAGUAAAAGCAUGGCUCAACAGCAUGCUAGGGAUCGACAGACUCUUUUUGAUCUUCGCCACUAAGCUCAACGAUAUUCCAUUCCUGGACGACAUAAUCGGCAGCAGCGAGAAGCCUGAUGAAGACUCAGUGACGUUUUCUGAGGAUGAAGAUCUGGAUCUCUGCUUGUACUACCUCCGAACUCUGUCAAAUGUCCUCGCCUGUGCCGGGGACAUCUCGUGGGCUGUCUUAGCCUCCAAGCAUGUUGCUUUCCGUGGCCAGCAACUGCAAAUAAGCACCGGAGCCGAUGAAGAGAUGACUCUCCAAGAGUUUUUUGUUCGUGUCUGUAUGAAGUGCAUCACAGGCAAUCCGGCCGCUGCUGUCGACAAAGAAAUCGAAGGUCGCAUCAACCAGCUCUAUCGAUAUGCCCUCACAAUCCUCCACAAAUUCUUCCUAAGCCCAUACGCUGCUCCUCUAUCGACCUUCCAUUUCGAGAAUAUCCUGAUUGAAAGACUCUUCAGCGCACUCAAGGGCCCCGACCCCUACGUGCAAGUCCUCCUACUCGACGUCGUAUAUGAUACUCUCAAGCUUCGCGAUGUUGCACCAGUCACAGCCUCGGGGUCACCUACUUCGGAGAAAAGGCCGCCGAGCUUCGAUCCCAUCCGGGGAAGCAGACUUUCUGUUGCAACGACGGAGCGUCCGGUAAUUUCCUCGCCGCCUCCACAACUCCUCAAGUGCCUACAGGAGGGCCUCAGCUCUCCCAACAGUCGACCUGUCCUAGAUAGCUGGGUUGCCUUUGUCGCGGAAUGCUUGCCAUUUUACACCGAAUCUAUCUUCCAAGUCUUGAUUCCUCUAGUCGAGACUCUAUGCGACGAGAUUGGGACCACGUUUUCAAAUCUGAGCGAAACCUUCGUAUCUACUUCACUUUCUACCAGUAGCGAGAAGGCUACUCCUGAGUCGACACUCAUUUUUCUGGUCAAUGGCUUGGAGCAGGUUCUGGCGAGAGGACAUGAGCAACUGCUUGCGGAGGAGGCUCGAACGCAAGUAACAAAGAGUCCUGAUCAACCCCAGUCACUCUUCGGCAGCAUCUCCGGCGUCUUUCAGACAGAUGCCCCCCAGUCUCGCAGCGCCACAGCAAACGACCGGUUGACGGUCCACCUGGCGUUUCAAGACGCUGUUCGCAUCUGCUACAAGAUUUGGACCUGGGGUCAGGGUGAAGACUCAAACAAGCAGGACCUAAACUCGUCGGCAUCGUUUCUCUACACAUCCCUGCGGAUGAGAAAUCGUGCACGGCGUUUGCUCGAACAACUCUUCACUGCUGAAAACUUGGAGUGCCUCGAGACUGUCAUCGAUAUCUGGAAGAAUUCAGCCGUCGAUUCAAGACCAUCCGAGGUAUUCAACCUCCUCUCUGCAUUGGAAGCUUCUCGUCCUCGACACACCAUCCCCGCUCUCUUCAACGCCAUUUACAGCCGGAGCAACCCAACCGCGCUAGACCCCGGACGCAAAUCAACAAUGACGAUAGCGCUUCAGGACUCUGACCUUGUGGUUUUCCUUGUCGAGUAUGCACGGUCACUUGAGGAUGAUGCUAUGGAUGAGAUCUGGCAGGACUGCAUGCUUUUCUUGAAGGACUUGCUCGGAAAUCCGUUUCCUCAUCGACAGACCCUUCCAAACCUACUCGAGUUCGCAGCAAUUCUCGGCGAAAAGGUCGACAACACCAACUUCGGAGAGCAGAAGAGGAUGCGUAGAGAAUUGGGCGAUAUCUUCCUCCGGCUUCUCGCAGCUCUCUUUACUACGAAGCCUAUGGCCUUUACUGACCCAGUCCUUUCCAGCGGAGCCCCGGACAAGACUGAGCUUGUUCGCCGAACCACGGUCAACGGGGCGGCCGACGGGCCUGAUGAUGUCGUCUUUAUCCUAGCCUCCAUCGUACCCAACCUGAUCAAGAUUCUCGUGGAGCCUGAUCGUGUACUCUCGGCCGCCGCGACCAUCUCCACCAAUGUCAUUGGUCCAACCCUGCGUGCCAAGGGAUUCCCCGAUACAUUCUCGAAGAGCACCUUGCAGCUCCUCCUAGAGCUAUCACGGCUACAAAACAACCAGAAGACGUGGAAGAAGGAUGUCAGCGACGCAUUCAACGACCCCAAGUUCUUUGGGAUGAAGCUAGAACUUGCAAAAGAUAACUGGAUUCCGCUGCUCAGGCAGUGGACUUUGACUGACAAGGAUAAGUUGCCUGAGAUUGUCUCUCGUAUCAACGCGCCUACCACGGCUGGCAUUGUGUUUGGAGUCGGCGCUACCUCAGCCCGACUCGAGGCCGAUCGGAAGACGCAGCUCAACCUUCGUAGAAUCGCAACCCUGAUCCUUGCUGCUGCGGAAGAUGCCUUCGUUGCGGAGCUUACAACCAUCUUCGACAAGCUUGUCGAGCUCCUCGCCGCGUCGUCAACAUCUUCCCCGUCCUCGACUACGCGCGCUGACAUCUACAUGGUUGUCCGGGCCCUCACUCUCAAGACCAGUGCCAUCCACCUCGGCAUGCUCUGGCCUGUCGUCAACGCGGAGAUUCACUCGGCCAUAUCGUCCGUCGUCGCGCCGGACAACAGCACUGCAUCCGACACGUAUACGAAUGCCGCCAUUCUGCAGGCCUGCAAGCUUCUGGACCUCCUCAUCUGCGUGGCACCAGACGACUUCCAGCUGCACGAGUGGCUCUUCAUCACAGACACCAUUGACGCCGUCUACCGAUCCUCCACCUACCAACCCGUCGCCCUCGUAGACGAGAUUUCCGAAGAACUCGGUGCGGUCGCGGCCAACUCUGCGCUGCAGACCGAGUCCGUCGCGCAUCUGGUAGCGAGCAGCUCAUCUCGACGACCGCUGCUCGGACCCGGCGGCAUCAGUGACGAGGUCAGCCUCGAGAGGAAGGACGAAGUGGUGGCCAAGGUUCUGCGGCCGUUCUUCGGCCAGCUGAGCAUAUUUGCAUUCGAGUCGACGUAUGCGAUGGGACGGCUCGACCGGGACGCGUGCAUCUCGAGCCUGUUGAAGGACAUAUUUGAUGAGCGGAGCAUAGUCAAGGCGCUAUAA